UUGUUGAACGUGCGCAUCAUAAGAUUGGUGUUAUUGGUGAACACUUCGUGGCAGUUAUUCUGAGAUAGACAUUGUCUGAAAAAAAUAUUACAAGGCCACCAUGCCUUCUGGUAAGAAUUUCAGGAGAAGAAGAGCUGAUUCAGACGAGGAAGAAGACGAGGAGACAGCCGCCGAAGUCAGAUCUAAACUGGAUGAGGCAAAAGAAGUUCAGAGUCUACGGAAAAGACCAAACGGCGUGAGUGUCAUUUCACUAUUAGUCGGAGAGAAACUGCCAUUGGAAGCUGAGAUAGAGGAUGACCCUUUCAAGCUGAAGACAGGAGGGGUUGUGGACAUGAAAAAAGUCAAAGACAGAAACAGAGACAUGACGGAGGAUGAAACGGAUCUCAACCUGGGAACGUCUUUCUCAGCAGAGACGAAUCGGCGAGAUGAAGACGCAGACAUGAUGAAAUACAUAGAGACAGAGCUAAAGAAAAAGAAGGGGCUGCUGGAGACAGAGGAACAAAAAGUGAAGGUGAAGAAUGCAGAAGACCAGCUCUAUGAGUUGCCAGAAAACAUCAACGUCUCUUCUGCCAAGAAGACUGAGGAAAUGCUGUCCAAUCAGAUGCUGAGCGGGAUUCCAGAGGUGGACCUGGGCAUUGAUGCCAAGAUAAAGAACAUCAUAUCUACAGAAGAGGCCAAAGCCAAGCUCUUGGCUGAACAGAGGAAUAAGAAGAAGGACAGCGGCACCUCAUUUGUGCCCACGAACAUUGCAGUCAAUUAUGUGCAGCACAACCGCUUCUAUCAUGAAGACGUGAAUGCUCCGGCCAGGCGACACCGUGAGGAGCCCAAGGCCCGACCACUCCGCGUGGGCGACACUGAAAAACCAGAACCUGAACGAACUCCACCAAACCGCAAGAGGCCAGCCAAUGAGAAGGCCACUGACGAUUACCACUACGAGAAGUUUAAGAAGAUGAACCGACGAUACUGAGGACCCCCACAUAUCUUCCUGUUUUCUGAAUUUAUGUGGAGCUAAUGUGUUAAGCAUUUUCUGUGUUAUGAUUGUAUUGUAUUUAUUUACUUUUUUGCCCACAGAUUUAGACAAUAGAUAUGUCUGCAGAAAGUUGAAUUAUCUAUGAGACCAGCAUUCCAUCUGUUUCUUUUGAA